AUGGAUUCAUUGAAGGGACGCACCGCUCUUAUUACUGGUGCCUCUAUGGGCAUUGGCGAAGCUAUUUCACUCAUUCUGGCUGAGAAGGGAAUGAAUGUCGCACUUUUGGCUAGGAGUAAAGACAAAUUGGAGAAUGUCCGGGCCAAGAUUCAGCAGAAAUCUCCAUCCGUUAGGGUUCAAGCCUACCCCGUUGACAUUCAGAAUUAUACUGAAGUCGAUGCAGCGGUAGCGAAUGCCAUCGCAGAGCUAGGCGAGAUUGAAGUUUUGAUCAACAAUGCUGGCCUCGCACUUGGUGCACCAGCUAGAUUCUGGGAGCUCCCAGUUGAUCUGAUUGCCCAAAUGAACGGUACCAAUAUUGCUGGUGUCAUGUACACAACCCAUUCGGUACUUAACAGGAGCAUGUGGCCCGCAAAACGGGGAACUAUCAUCAAUGUCUCGUCUGUGACUGGAUUAGAAUGUCCACCUUUUGACGGGGAGGCUGUCUACCACGCGAACAAAGCCUGCAUUGAGGGCUUUACUAAUAGCCUACGCUCGGAAACAGCCGGCUCGGAUAUUCGCGUUUUGACGCUGCGGCCAGGUUGUGUUGCUACCAACUUCCAUCUUCAGAGGGUCAAAUACGAUAAGGUUGCCAUGGAUGAGUUCUUCUAUGGCUAUGAGCCGCUGGUUUCUGAAGAUCUUGCCGAUGCAGUUUGGUACAUGCUCAGUCGCUCUGGGAGAACGUCGAUCAAGGCCCUCGAUUGUGUCCCGACAGCUCAAAGAUCACUUACUCGAUUCGAUCGGGAAUGGAAUGCCAGACGGGACGAGAAGAGCCAUGGGUAG